AAACCCAUCAUCUUUCUGGUCGUCUCCACCAGCGCCGGCGAAGAAGUGCAGAUCGAUCUUCCUCGGUUCUUCUUAUCCAGAUCGCGACAACUCCCCAGCAUGAUCGGGAAUCCUAAUAAGGAAUCACAGAUCACCGUUUAACUAUGGGAUUCUCUCGAUUCAUGAUGUCUCACUCUCUCUCGCGCAUUUUAUCCAACACUUAUCGGACCACUCGAUAUGUAUCUCCAUCAUCAAGACCAGGUUUUUCUAGAUUCACAUCAUCCGCUCACGCCCCUCCUUCAACAAGGGUUUCUUCCGUCGUCGACGAAAUCUCCGUCCUCACUCUACUUGAAGUAGCCGAUUUAACCGAGUUGUUAAGGAAGAAACUCUCCAUUGAUGAGAUGCCCGUGAUGGCGGUGAUGAUGCCGGGAAUGGGAUUCGGCGGCGUAAAAGGUGGGGCAAAAGGAGGUGCAGCUGCAAAAGGGGAGGAGAAGGCGGUGGAAAAGACUGCUUUUGAUUUGAAACUUGAAGGUGGGUAUGAUGCAGGUGUAAAGAUCAAGAUUAUCAAGGAAGUGAGAGCGUGUACAGCUUUGGGACUGAAGGAGGCUAAAGAUUUGGUGGAGAAAGCGCCUACACUUUUGAAGAAGGGAGUGACAAAGGAAGAGGCAGAGACUAUUAUUGCAAAGAUGAAGGAAAUUGGUGCAAAAGUAACAAUGGAAUAAUGAGCAUGUUCAGAGCAUUCUUAGUAGGUAUCGAACCUGACACCUGGUGGAUUACCUGAGUAAAAUUUACAGCAAACAAAUUAGGAAGAAUCAAAUAUAAAUAGUUAUCUAAUUAGCUAAUAAAAUUGCAAUUCUGGAAAUCUUGGAAAUCAGUUUCCUUUGAAUUUCUUUAGCUAGCCAACUAUGUGGCUGACUCAUUGAGUCCUCUACACAUAUCUUUUAACAUUCUCCCUCAAACAAGAUAAAGGGCAUCACAGGAUGUAGUCCAUGAUCCCUGAGUUUAUUGAAUGAUGAAUGGUUUCAUUCUAGC